AUGCGUGAUUUACGGCAUCCCAACCGCCGUGAUUGGCGUAUGUUGAAGCACCGCUUGCGGAUGCGAUGCGGCGGGCACCAGAAGGCCAUCACUGUCUUUGUCCUUCUGCUGAUUGAGUUACUGGGCUUUUUCACAUAUUACGGGUACGUGCAGAACUUACGGUACGGGAAGACUGGGCCCCUCUUCGACGGGGAUGGGGAGCAAAUCGUAUUUCUCGGCGAGACGGAGCCACGGGACGCCGCGGCACUCGGUGGUUUGACCACCUCCGUGCAGAAGUACACCGUGGACGAACUAAUGGCGAAGUACGACAGCAUGGAUUUCAUCUACACAUUUGUGAAUGGCUCGGAGAUCAACCACGCCUUUCGCCGCCUCAUGUGUAUUCGGUGCAGGGACGAAAUUAAGGAUGCGGAGGCGGCCUUUUAUGACCGACGUGAAACCCCGAAUAAACCGUGUGUGGGAAUGGACAUCUUGCCAAGUGCGAAAACGGUCCGUGAGCUCCUGCUCGCGUUUGGCAGUGAGGCCUCCAGGAAACUGUCGGCUCGGGAUCGCGAGCGGGAUGAAUUGCACUACAGCAUCCGAAGUGUGGAGCAACACAUGCGUUGGCACCGCGGUCGCCUAUUAAUUGUCUCCCCCGGUCACAAUCCCUAUUGGGUGGACGAGGCGAAGAACUUCAUGGCGAGCGCCCUCACGUCCAACCGGGGAGAAGGCAUGCGAGGCCGACAUGCCCGCAUCACCACCGUACACCAGGAUGUGCUGAUGCCGUAUGCGUUACGUCUCACCGUUGAUUCGCAUACCAUUGAAAUGCAGCUGUUUCGUGUGCUCAACAUAACGCCCAUUCAUCUGUUUCUUAACGACGACUAUUUUAUCAACCGUGACGUGGAUAUCAGCGACUUACUCAACGAAAAUGGCGGCACGUAUGUGCGUACGGAGCGUGGCCUAUUGCAAAAGGGAAUCCGGGCCGAAAGUGGGGGUGCGUGGACUGCCGGGGUGCGACACACGAACCUCUUCAACACGAUGGAGCUCGAUAUUCACGAGGAGGACUAUCUGCCCGAGAAUCUCAUUAAACACUGGGAGAGCGCUGGAUACGAUAUCCGGCACAAAAUUCCUGUUGCGUCGGGGGAUAAUUUUAUUUACACCGCGCAUACGAGUCAGCCGGAGAAGCUGCCCCCGAGGGCAACGCCGCGACGGCCGCGUUUUUUUGCCACGCAUGCCCCGUUCGUGUACUGUACGAGGAUGUUUGAGUUUUUGAACACACGGUACGAGCUGGAGAUUGCCGCGAACACAAUGAAUAACCGUGGACGAAGUGCGACGGACUUAUUCACCCCUUUUGUGUACAACGCCUUCAUUAUGGCGCGCCCGUGGCAGUCUUCGCCGCAUUUUCUGCCGUAUCUUGCCGCAUUGCAUUUGAGCCGCAAGGAGAAAGACAGUGCCGAGCCCACGCCACCGCCGCCUCCUCUGCAUGUUGUUUUGGAAAACGAUGACGCGUGUGCUCCAGCCACUUUACUGCGACGUCCGGCUUCAGAGACGAUUUAUGGGAAGUUUGUUGACAACUUUGAGGAUAAUAAACGACUCAUUCAGAGACUGCAGCAAUCCAACCCGCUUUUCUUCAACAUUAACGACGGGUUCGGUGGUGAAAACAGUAGCAUGCAAUUAAAGGAAUUUCUUUCGGGUCUCUUUCCAAAGCCAGUGUACGUUGAACGCAGUGCAACAGGGCCCGCAAGUCAAGAGCCGUAUAAUAAAGCGUUUGAGGGCCUUAUGAAACUUCCCUUGGUCAUCUUUGCCUCUUACAAGGAGGCCUUCUGUCCACUUCUCCGCAGCCUAAGAGUUGCCAUGCCCCAAUUUACCGGACCAGUGAUAUUGGUGCGGAACGACGACAAAGCGAAAGGUAAGGAAAAUGACCUCGCGGAAGUAAGACGCCGGCUGAAUCAUAGGGUAAUGAACGCCAUGCCUGUUGUAAUGUGUACUUUUGGCAAGAAUGUGAUAGAAGUCACAGUGUUACCUGGAUCAGAAAUUGCCGAGGAUGUGGAAGAAGCACUCCAGGCGGCAUUGAUUUCUUUCAUUCCACCUGUGCGGCUACCAGCGGACUACAUUGGCGGCAGCGAUGCGCAAGUGACGGCUCUGGUCAUUGAUGCCCGUACAAGACACCCUCUUGAUAGCAUCGUAGCUCUCAUACAUGCCCUCGAAGUACCAGGCCAAUCAUUAGCGCUCGAGGACUUUGAGAUUAAAACUUUCACGGAAACAAAAAGUUCUUUCUUGCUGUUAUCACGAGAAGACGCGAAACGGAAGGCAGUCCACUGGGUGCAUGGCGCAUCUGAAAAAGAUCUUUUGCUCACUUUUCCCUUGCCAUAUGCCUUAUAUGAAGAUCUCGAUGCGCCAGUCAAGUGGUCCUUUGAGGAAUAA